CUUGGAGUUACCGUGGCCACUGGACGGGGGAAGGGAAGCUGAGAUUGGAGGGAGAAACAAUCAGAAACUGAGGUACUGUGUGCAUCUGCACACUCCUCCUUAGGAGUUAGGCCACACUAGAACUUUUCCCAUGACCCACAUCUUCAGGGACUCUGGCAGUUCUCACUUUGUUCCUGUUUCAAGUGAAAUUUAAAGCAUAUAGUAACAUAGUUUUGUUGCAGGUACAUUAAUCUGCAUGUAUACUGGUACCUCUAGAUGUUGACUGGAUUUUUCAUAUAUGCCAAAGUAAUGAAGUGCUUUGGACAGGGAGAGCCAAGCCCUGAGAAGCAAUGCCAUCAUGCAUCUUCAGUGUAUCCCUGGUGGGGCUGAGCCAGAGGGCCGAUCUGUGGAGGAGAGGAGUGACGCAGGUUUCCAUAAAAUUUCCAUAUUAAUGGAUAGACAUUUUUUCCAGUCAACUCUUAUAGACUGAUACCUGUACAUUCCUCUAACAAUCGAGAUUCAUAAAACCAGUUUGUGAAAUCUUGCUGCUGAGUGUGGACAUUGAGAGAUCUACCAAUUUCAGGAGAAGAUGAGAAUAGCAUAGGUAUUAAUGGUCUCUACAAGUGUGCACUACAGAAGCCAUGGUGGACCUUGCUUCAGCUCCUCAACCCACCUCACUUCAUGACUUUAAAAGCCAUUAGAGGCAAGAAUCAGGAACAACCUCAACAGCCAGCAAGUUCAGAUGCGAUGGAAGAGGACAUUGACAUAACAUCCUGCGCUGAGGGUCUGAAUGGUUUGUCACAUGAACAUAAACCUUUAGAGGAGAUCACCAAUGGACACACCAACCAUAAGCCUGUCAUGAACGGUGUGGUAACCAGUCACAAUGGCAAAGACCACACUAAUGGCAGUGCACCUCUCAGAUCCCUGCCGAUUUCAGCACUGAAGCAGAAUGGUCUCCUACAGACCCUGGCAGCAGGAGUGGACCCACCCAAACCUGCAGAGGAAAGGGAAAAUGAAGAGCUGGAAAAGGCCAGGCAAGAGUGGGAUGCUCUGGAAACCAUCCAGCCAGCUCUGACUGAAGACUCCAACCCAACCCCACUCAUCUCCUUCAAUGAAGCCCUGCAGUACUUCCAGACCACAGACCUUGGGGACUUGCUGAGGAAUAUCCAGCCAACUAUUCGUAGGACGGGUCUGGCUGCAAUCACACACUUCCUCUUUGGGCCUCCACGACUGCACAGGGAACUUCUGGAGGAGAGGGAUCUUGUCUUUGCCAUUGCACAGUGCCCAGUGGAUAACAGUCAAACAGUCCACAUGCGUGUCCUACAGACCAUUUAUAAAAGGCUGAUAGGCAGCAGGCUGGACUGUCCUCGCUAUGGUGCACACUGGGAAAACAUUGGCUUUCAGGGCACAGACCCAGCCACUGACCUACGUGGCACUGGUUUCCUUGGACUGAUGCAUACUCUGUACUUUGUGAUGGACCCAGAGACUCUGCCAUUGGCUAGGGAUAUCUACAAGUUAUCACAGCACCCUUCGCAGAACUUUCCAUUCUGUGUGAUGUCAAUCAACAUGACGCGCAUUGCUUUGCAAGUGCUCAGAGAAGAGGCCUUGUCCAAAGAGUGCAAUCGCCGUCAGCAAGUGGUUGGUGUGCUGAAUGAGUUUUAUGUUGCCACAUAUUUGCACCUGUACCAACUGUGGAAGACACAACAGAAGACCAUAGCUGACUCCGGCUUUGUACUAAAAGAAGUGGAGCUGUUUGCCAAAAAGAACCCCAAGCAGAUGCUGCGUCGACUAGAGGUCUUCCUGAAAGAGAAGCGGGCAGGUGGAAUCCCCCGUGGGACAUCGCCAGACCCUCAGGCCCAACAGCCCUCUCCCAGUCUGGUGGAACGAGGGGCCAGAACUGGCCCAACACAGGGAAACAGGGGAAAGGAGAUGCACUUCACUGGAGUGUGUGAUCUACCACCAGAUAUGGAGGGAGAGGCCAACUCAAGUUAGACUCUGUGUGCGAGUAUGUGUGAGGGUGUGUCAGAGCUAUCCUGUUCUGUGAGUAUAUCUAUUAAUGUAUGAGUGACCGGAUUACUCAGAGGUAAAAGAAGAGCCCACCAGUCCCAUGUCAGGGCCUGUCAUCUGAACCUAUUCAAUUACUUCUACACCUUCCACUGAUGCUGGGGUGCUGCACUUUGAUCAGAUUAAACAUGGAGAUCUUUCAGAGAUAUAUUUGAUUUUAGUUAUAAUUUAUUUUUUAAAGAGGGGACACAGAGCAGUCACAUAAAAUGGACUUAAGAUGUCACACAAAAAGAAAGUGAAUAUAUGCACUUUUCUGCAUUGGUAGUAGCAAAAUCAAUAGCUGCCAAAUUCAAGUUAAACUACACCUGUCUAGAAGUCCAAAAUAUACGCAUUUGUGUUGCAAGGAUCUCUCAGCUACAGUAUGUUUACAUUGCAGAGAGGAAACACGGCAAAAAGUAGCUUCAUUAAAGGCUCGGCAUUCUCUCACACUCCAAGUACUGCUCAUUCGCAAACAGCGCAGCUGUUAAACAUCCUGUAAACGGCAAUAAGAGAGAGCAUUAACCAGUGGACUACAGGUUUUCUAUCAACAUGAGAGGAGAGAAAAAGAUAUAGAAAGGUUAUAGAACAUUUGGCAGGGAACAGAAAUUACCAGUACACCUUGUCCUCAGAAAUAUACACAACAGGUUUUGAAUGCAGCUUGCUUUAUAUGUGAAUAAUAUAGAUUAAAUAAUAUUUAUUCCAGAUGUUUGGAGGUAAAGCCAGUUGUUGGAGGACAACUGAUGUAUGUUUCCAGGGGUCUGAUAGAUUAUAAACUCCCAAUAUUAAUAGGGAAGUAUAUUUUGAGUAAUUUUAAAAUGACAGUUUAUGCCCUUUCUGAAUAGAACAAGGGUCCCUUUAAUCAUAGCUUCUCAGUUAUGUGUAACAGCACAUCAGAAUUUUAUUAUCAGACUGGUUUAGUGACUGAAAGAAGGAAUUUAACACUCCUUGGUUUCACCAGAACGUCUAAAAGUCUGAUUUUUCAGCUUGUUGCAGCAAAGCGGAGGAGACGUUUCAUAACAGAGUGAGUGUGCUCGGCUUGGUCCCAGCUGAAGCCAAAGGCCUGGUAUGAGCUUUCUCUACAUUCCGUUAUAAAGCAUGUGAUUGUAAUUUCUUUUUCCUUUUUUGAACAGUUAAAAUUUUAUUCCAGUGGGGUGUGUAGGCUUUUUGGUAUGUAUGUAUGUGAGUGUGUGUGUGGUAUAAUGAUUGAGCUGUUACUAAUGAAGGGUGCCUCUCCUAGGUUAUGUAGGAGAUGUGUGGUACAGUAUGCAAUCCUAGCUCUUUCUCUAUGAUAAUCAAAACACUAUUGCUGUGUGAUGAUAUAAAUUGUUUCUAACUUCAGGGUUUGUGCACUUGUGCAAGCGAAUGUGUUUGCGUAUGUAUGUGAGUCAUAUGGCAGAAACUGACUACAGAUGGGGUGCUUUCCUUGGCACACAAUAAGCCAGCUUUACUAAGUACUUGAUCCAUCAAGCUGCAGAGAUGGUACUUCAGUUAUUCUAAAAAUGGUACAUCACAUUUAUGAGGAUAAUAUAUAAACCCUAAAACAACCGACUUUAUUUUUUUUUUCUCUCUGUGGUCUUGGAUGGGUAAAGCUCUGCAGCAAAGCUGGCUCAUUCUUUGUGCACAUGUGAAACCAUCCUCCCAUCAUUGUAGUCUCAGUCUGUAGCAUGUUCAGGUAGCACUAGUACUGUAGCAUCCUAUAGCCUCCUCUUUGUAAAGCUUGUUGAUGUCAUGUCUCAGUUACAGUAUGUAGUGUCAAUGAGUGUGCAAACUGUUACUACUAUAGCACAGACAUUUCAUAGUUUUCUUAAGCCUCCUUGAGUAGACAUACAUUUAGGUGGCAUAGCGUAUGUUUUGAAAAGAUAUGGAAUAAGCUUGACAUGCUAUUGAGCUCAAACUUGUCCUUUAAGAUGGUGAUAGUAAAUUCAGUGCCUACAUCCAGUGGAGCCAUGUGGGGUAGAGCGCUGGUUUAUCCUCCCCUCCUUUAUUAUUUUAUUUUUUUCCCUUGAACCAUUGUGCCACAGUAGACCUCCUGUAUUCAUAUAAUGCAGCAUGCAGACUUAAUACCAUGAAAACAUGCCAGCCAAAUGAACUAGUACAGUACGGUCAUGUACAUUUUGGUUAAUAAAAUUCACCAUCUCUGAUCUCCACCCUUAUAACUUCAAGAAUGAGCUGAUGUAGUCAUACCAGUUGUUUUUGUUUUUCUUUUGAUUGAUCAGGAAAAUUUGCACUGUUGUAGAUAUUUGAUAAGUAUGUGUGACGUACGCUGGAGGAAACAGGCCAUCUUCAAUAGCCAUAUUGCAAUUUUCAUUGUCCCACCCCCAGAUCAUGAUACGGGCUUUGUGAAGUCCGAUUCCCCUCGUCACUCAAGAAUAAUUGCACCAUUGCUAUAAUCUCAUAUUUAGUUUUAUUAAAUCUUAAACUGAGGAGCAGUACAGUGUAUGUAAAUCAGGAAGUUUGUAUCAAGAGAAUUAAUGAUUGUAACUGUAUGAUUGUCUGUAGGGCAUUAUACUGAAACACAUUGCUUACCUCAAGACUUGAGACAAAUCUCUUUUCUCUCUCCUGUUGUUUGUUUGGCCUCUCAGACAGACACUUGUUAUGUUUCUUCGUACCUAGGCCUUCUCUCAUACCAAUUGGAAAUGUUAUAUGAUGUGUAUUCACCCAGCUAAAGCUCAACAUAAUAGCAGACUAACAGGAAAGCUGGUCGAUGUUAUGUGUAUUCUUCUUACUGACACUAUAUAGGCCCACACACUUUGAUGCAGAUUUAAAAUUAAUUAAAAAUAUAUUAAAUCUUUUUCUCAAACAAACUUUAAUUGGCUGAUGUUUACAAUGUUGAAAUAAGCUGGUUUUUCUUGUGGCUUCAGUGCUAGUAGUUUUGCUGUGAUUUAAGUGUUUGAUGUCAGGAAAACACGGAGAACCAAUCUUGUCUUUACAGCGCCAGUCACAAACAGUUUAAUCUUUGAUUGUAAAGAUAUAGCCUUGACUAGCAGUCAUAAUGCUGUAUAUGCUUUGACCUUGAUAUAUAUUCUGUAUCCAAACAAGGCCUGAUUAAUUCUCAUAUUACCAAAAGUUAUGUUUCAUUUUACCUGUUGUAAUAGACCAUAUUCUUUUUAAUUUGUCCAUCUUUUUGGGUUCUUCAGCUGAGAAACCAGAAAUAAGGAAAAAGAAAGAAGAAAGAAAAAAAACGGGUUCUUGCAGGAUGGCUGAUGCUCUGAGAGCUGUGGCGGGAACUUCUGCUUCCUACAGCAGCAGCUCAGCAAAUACAAUCACUUCUCUCAAUAUCCUGCGCUUUAUAUGAAGGUGUUUUACCGUUGCCAUCGUCAUGUUCCUCAGAGCAGUUUAUGACUGUACCUUGAUUGUAGAAGCCCUAUUUUAUACAGAGUUAUUUCAGAAAACAGUAUGUGCUGUUGUACAUUAAAUGUAUUGUAUGGAGAAAGCUAAAUAAAUGCUGUCUAAAAGCUA